AUGGAACCACUACGACCACCGACACAAAUCAAAAAAUCGACUAAGAAACUACCAUCAUUAGUUGAUAUAUCAUUAUUAAAAAUUAAAAAACAUAUUCAUCUGUUAACAGAUAUUGGUACUACUCCAUAUCAUUUAUUAGAACCAGUAUUACAACAAAUUCCUGCUAAACAAUUAAAUGAAUUAGAAUUGAAUUGUCAACAAUUGUUACCUUAUUCUGAUAAAUUAUGGAUGAAAUUAAUCCAAAAAGAUUUCCCUGAUCGACCUACACCACCACCAUCAUCAUCAUCAACUACAACUCCCAUAAAAUUGAAUCCCAAAAUCAAGGCUUUUUGUGGAUUAGAUAUGCCAUAUAAAUCAUUAUAUUAUAAAUAUUGUCAAGAUCGAGAUGAAUUUAGAAAAGAUUCAGCGAAAAGAUUACGUCAUGCUAAUAAAUCAUUAGAACGACAAAAAUCGAAAAAUAAAAUUGUUGCCAUUGAUGAAGUAUUAAGAGAUCCUACUAUUAAAUCAAGAAGAUUUUAUGAUUUACCAUCAUAUACUACUAAUACAAGAAGAAGUUAUGGUAUCAUGGGUAAUAAAAAUUCAAUUUUAGAAAAGGCAAAAAGAGAUACCAUGAUAAAUCGAACAUUAAUAUUUGGUAAUGCUAAUGCUAAUCGACAUUUAAAUUCAUAUGAUCCAUUUGAUGCAUUUAAAGUGGAUAAAAACUCAUCAAUAUCUACUUUAUCUAGGGGGAGUAAAUUUAUGAGACCUCCAAAGACAACCACCACCACUAGUAGUACAACUAGUAAUGUUCGACCUGGGGUUAGACGAACUACUUUUUUCAAUUCAGCUGGUAGUGGUGGUCAAUCAACUAAUUUGAGUACUACUAAAUCUUCUAAUUCGACUAAUAACAUACCUAACAAGUUAAAUACAAAUACAGUGACAGAUAAUACUAAAUCAAACUUGAAUACUUCACAACAAAAAUGUUCAACUAAACCAUCGAUUUUUUUACAUUCUAAACGUAAAUCAACAAUAAUGACUAAUGAUUCACCUUUAAUAAAGAAAAAGAAACCUAGAAAGCAAAAUAAACAAUCUGAAAUGUUGGAAACUAAAGAAACACCAAGUAAAUUAAAACCAUUAAAAUCAUCUAUUUUCAGUUAA